ACGGCUACAUAAAUCCCAACAGAACCCAACCCGACCCGAAACUAUCCUCCAUCUAAAAACCUUCAUAAUUUCCCCAAAUUGAAUUUUUUCCUUUUUUUUUCAUUCAAACUCACACACCCAGACAUCAAACAAGAUCUUUCACAUCUUCAACAAAAACCCAAAAUUUGAACCAACCCAAUUCAAUUAAACCCGAAUUCAACAAAACCCAUAUCUCAUUUUCCCUUGAUUCCAUCUCAAUUUCUCACAUGACUGUUUAAGUUUUGAAGGAAAAAAAAAAAGUAAAAAGAUGAUCGUCAGAACGUACGGAAGGCGGAGCAGCAGCAGUAAUAAUAGCCGGAGCAGUAACAGUAACAACAGUUUAAAUUUCGAAGAUAACAAUAAUAAUAAUAAUAAUAUAGAUAUCGAUUUAUUCAACGAUUCUGAAGAAAGCCCAACUGGCGAUAUUUUCAAUUUCUCGUUUCUAUCUCAAGAUUCAAUCAAGAACAAUAAUUUUGAUGAUUCUUUUCAUGAUUCUUCAGACCCAUAUAGUUUUGAUGAUGAUUCCUCUUCUUCACGUAAAUUUACUGUUUUACCCCCAAGAUCAAAGAAACCCAGAAAAGAUAUUCUAAAGAAAGUGAAGCUGGUGACCGAAACGAGUACUUUAAUGGAGACCCAAGAAUUCGGUGAAAUGAUGGAACAUGUUGACGAGGUUGAUUUUGCUUUAGAUGGGCUAAGAAGAGGCCAGCCGGUUCGAAUUCGACGAGCCAGUUUGUUGUCAUUGUUGAUGGUUUCAGGGAGUUUACAACAAAGAAGGCUGUUAAGGACUCAUGGGAUGGCAAAGAAGAUUAUUGAUGCUGUAUUGGGGCUCAAUCUUGAUGACACUCCAAGCAAUCUGGCUGCCGCGGCUUUGUUCUUCAUUUUGACGAGUGAUGGUCAAGACGAUUACUUUUUGGAUUCACCUAGCACCAUUCGUUUCUUGUUAAAACUAUUGAAACCAGUCACUACACAACCUACUAAAAGUAAAAUUUCAACCCUUGGUAGCAAACUUGUAGCUCUUAGCAAGGAUGCUUCUAUCUUUAAUGAUGGCAAGGGAGACGAAUCUACCUCUGCUGCUAUUUCGCAGAAAGUAGAGGAAGUUCUUGUGAGUUGCAAAGAAUUGAAACCAAGAGGUGCAAGUGAUAGUGAGAUAAAAAGGCCCGAGUUGAAUCCAAAAUGGAUUGCUUUGUUAACAAUCGAAAAAGCUUGCUUGUCGACUGUUUCUCUUGAAGAGACUACCGGGACUGUUCGAAAGAUGGGGGGAAACUUCAAGGAAAAACUUAGAGAGCAUGGAGGAUUGGAUGCUGUUAUUGACAUCAUAAGGGAAUGCCAUGGCGUUAUGGAGGGAUGGCUAGAACGGUAUUCAUCCCCGACUCCAGAGUCACAAAAUACUGCUAAUCUAGAAAGCGCGAUACUUUUAUUGAAGUGUUUGAAAAUUAUGGAAAAUGCUACAUUUCUUAGUAAUGAUAACCAGAGCCAUUUGCUUGGAACAGAAGAUGACUUUGGUUAUCAAAAUCCUUCCCAAUCCUUCUCAAAACUUAUUCUUAGUGUCAUUAAAGUUCUUUCAGGCGUUUCUCUACUCAAAAGCUCUUCGUUCAAUUUCGAUAUUAGGAAUACACAUAAUCUUUCCAAUGGGACUACUCACACAUCCAAGAUUCCAUCACUGGCUGACGACAUAGCAGUUGACAACAAUGAGAUCAUAUAUAUCAGCUCCUCUGUAGAGAAUUGCAGCAUGGAUCAGAUCCCUUCCCAGAACACUUCUAGUUCAUCUCAGAAAAGUAAAAAUUUGUCUCAUAAUCAGUUGGGUUCUUCAAAAGCUGAUCCUAUUUCUAGUUUCAACAGUCAUUUGCUAAAGACAAAAGCAAAAUCUUCAAUAUCUAGAUCGAGCAGUGGUACAUCAAAUGGUUCAAAGAACAGAGGUAACCAUGGUUCAUGGAGGCAGUUAGGUAAGAAAGCUGAAGCUAGUCAACGCACAAAGUCUACAUUUGACUUUGAGGAUACUCAAGAUCCUUUUGGCAGUGAAGAUCCCUUUGCUUUUGAUGAAGAUCUAGAAGAACCCUCUAAGUGGGACAUGUUGUCAGGGAAGAAAAACUUGUCCCAAAGUCAGAAAAGCACUUCAGCAGUUGAAGAAGAUGAGUAUGGGAGCAAGGAUUUGAUGAUCAUGAGCCAACAAGAAUCGAGCAAUGUGGAGAGGCAUGAUUCUCCUCUAGCAUCUUGUUCGCGCGUGGAAGAUGAUGAAGUAUUCAAUCUGUCAGCUGAUUGUCUUCUUGCUGCAGUGAAGGUUUUGAUGAACUUAACAAACGACAACUCUGUGGGGUGUGAGCAAAUUGCUGCAUGUGGAGGAUUGGAGACGUUAUGUGGUUUAAUUGCAGGUCAUUUUCCAUCAUUCAGUUCAUACCUGCCAAUUUUUAGUGGUCAACGAGACAAGUCAGUUUUUCUUGAGGUUGAUAAUAAGCGCCUUGAUGAUCAAGAAUUGGAUUUUCUCGUUGCUAUUCUCGGACUGCUUGUUAAUCUAGUCGAAAAGGAUGGUCAUAACAGAUCACGACUUGCAGCUGCCAGUAUAUCGAUACCCAGUGUAGGUGGUCUGGACUAUGAAAUUACGGAUGUAAUUCCCCUGCUUUGUUCGAUUUUUUUGGCAAAUCAAGGGGCUGGCGAGGCAGCUGAAGAAGGGAGACAAUCGGCUUGGAACGAUGAGGAUCCUGUUUUGGAGGGAGAGAAAGAAGCCGAGAAAACGAUUGUUGAAGCGUACUCAGCCCUUCUUUUAGCCUUCAUAUCAACAGAAAGUAAGAGCAUACGUAAUGCCGUCGCUGAAAUGCUACCAAAUCGUAAGCUGGCUGUUCUAGUGCCCGUCUUAGAGAGAUUUGUGGAAUUUCACAUGUCAUUGAAUAUGAUAUCAGAGGAGACUCAUUCAAUGGUGCUUGAGGUAAUUGAAUCAUGUAGGAUGACAUGAAAACAUAACUGAGUGUUGUAGGAUCGACGUCUUGUACAGCUUCAAUCUUCCUCUCUAUAAGAGGAAUCAGAUAGGAUCAUGUUAUAGUCUUAUUGACCACAUUGACAACAAUUACAUAUAUCUUUUUUUUAUAUCUUUGGUCAAAUAUUCAUUUUAUGUGAAUUUUUUCUUAGCAUAAGCCGUGUUGACACCGCCUUGGUGCUAUAUGAUUGUAUGGGUCGACUUUUAGAAGAGCAUUUUUUAGUGUUAUGUUGUA